AUGAGUAAAUAAAUGGAUCUGAUUUAACAACAAUUCCAUUUAUUAAUGAAGGAAUUAAAUCAAAACAUCAAAAAUAAUAAUUAAAUAGUUUAAAUCCUGAAUUAAUUAAUUCAUUGUUAUCAUAAAUUAUCCAUUUCAAAUAAUUUGACUGCAAUAUCCAAAAUGAGUGUUUUAAAAUCACAAACGACUUCUAAAAUUAAAUAUAAAAUUAUUAUUGAUUUACAUUUAAAUGAAAGUAAUUAUUAUCAAAUAUCUAAUAUAUAUUUUGAUAAAUCAGAGAUAUAUAUGAAAAAGGUAAUUAAUUAAGUAGGUAAGAUAGAAACUAAGAAUUUAUAAUACCAAUUCAAUAAUAUAUUAAAAUAGUGA